GACGACCUUGAAGAUGACGCCGAAGACUCACCGCUCAAGCUCAUCACGGAUUUCCCUGCUCCGUGGAGGCCAAGGAUCCUAUUCAACGCUCGCAAACCACCUCACCGUCCAGCAGCAUUAUUGCCGGUGUGAACCGCUUCUUCUACGGAGCAUCAGGUCCUUCUCGUUCGGCUACUUCGACUCCGAUCGCCAUGUCCGCCUUGACACCGGUCGACCCGUUCUGGGCCGGGCGCGAUAACUUCCCAAACACCAGAAUGAACAAUGCUAACACCAAGUUGACACCCGUGACUGAGGCUUCACCCUUGGACAAGACUCCGAUCCAACGGUUCGCACACCAGCCGAUGGGACAAAUGGCCAUGGCACCUGCCCCACCGCCACCACCUCCACCGCCUGGCAGAGAAAUAUCUACUCCGAUCAUUACUCGCAACUCUAAUGGCUUCUUCGAGAGUAAGCCGGUGACCCUUGGCGACUUCAACAAGAUGGAACGUGCGCCAACUCCUCCUCAUAACCGCAAUCCGUCGAUCCAACUGAAUCCGCCCAACCACGGUCCGAUCAACCGGAUGCCGACUCCGAAUCUGCGUGUGGCCAGCCCUCCUCCGGAUCCGAUCAUUCGGGCCCAGAGCAGUGCAUCUCUGCGGCCGAAUAAACCGGUGGGUCUACAGAUACAGUUCCCUCCCAUGGACUUUAUACUUCGUGAAGGCACACCUCCGAUCGCCGGUCGUCAGCGAGCGGGUUCACGAGCUUCGCCUCCGAUUCCCGCUGGACAGUUCCAUCGCAAAGAUUCUAAAGACGCGAAAUUCAUCGACCUCAUCGAGAAGGGUAAUAAGAGACUUGACGAUCAACGGGCCUCCCCUCGUCAGAGGAGGGGUUCUCAGGAGCGCACCCGUAGGAUCUCACCUGAGCGAACAUAUCCUCGCAAGAUGAGUGUCGAGAGGGAACCUAGGGGGCGCACCGCCGAAGUGAAGCGCUCGCACAUGAGGUCCCCAUCUAGCCCUCUUCCGUUCUCACCUCAAGCAGCGCUGUACAAGGACGAGCCAAUCCAUGUCGAGAUCGAGCCACAAUACCAGAUUCCGCAGUUUAACGAGCCGCGAUACGACGAGCCUCGGGGACGCAGUGCUGCUAGAGGUUACCCUCGUGCAAGGUCUCCCAGCCCGGUAUCGCCAGAACAAGGUCGUGAUAAUUACGAGACGAGAGAUACUACACAUCAUCCUCGACAGGAAUCUCGUCGUCCGUCUCCAUCUAGGAAUCGCAGCAGAGGAAGGGGUCGCGUUAAGGAGAUCAAGGCGUCGCACGUCCGAUCGCCGUCGAGCCCGCUUCCCUUCACACCCCAGGCAAAGCUUUACCAGGAAAUGUCCGAGGAGGUCGACCGCCAACACGAGGAGGAAGAAUAUCACCGGCAACCUCGACGGACCGCUCAAAGUCAGACCCGGGGCCGCCAACGUAUGGACUCUCGCACUCGCGACCCUCAACCUCAGUUCCAGGGACACGGCCUCCGCCAUUCUAGGUCGGAGCGCACCCUCCGGCAAUGGAGCGACACACUCGAGCGCGGCGACCUCGGCGCUACUGACAACUACACCUUCAACCGUGGCGCUACUCCCACUCCCAGCACUAUGUCCCGUAACUUGUCGAGUCGUGGUCUUCCUUCCAAUCCCAAGGUCUGGCGAGCAGAACUACAGGCGAACUCGCGUGGAAAUUCCCCGGCACCUUCUCGUGGACGUUCCCCACCCCGUAGCAUGUCGGUAGCUCCUGCUCCACCUGCACGUGGCAUGGAACGACACAUGUCUCCAGCGCCCCGGAUGAUGUCUCCUCCACCUCGUGCGAUGGGAAAGACAUAUCUCUCCGGGUCCAGGGCAUCGGUUGAGGUCACCAGCUCCACCAUCCCAUCGGACGAUGUCUCCUUCGAUCGGUAUGGGCCGCACCAUGUCGCCGGCUCCGGUCCACCGCGGCUUGACACCGACUCCCUUCGAGAGCGCUCCACGGCCGCCUGUGACACUCGGGAGUCUUUCCAUGGCUUCCUCUCCGGCACCGUCACCCUACGAGAGCAUUUUAACCGCCACCGCCACCACCCCUCCGCUACCGGCGAUGGCGAUGGCCAUGGCACCGGCUCCGUACGAGAGCAUCCAGGACAUGCCGCUCCCAGCAAUGGCAAUGUCUCCACCCGAGGCACCCUAUGAGAGUAUUCCAACUCCACGACCCCCGCAGCAGCAGCAGUUCCGCGCCAGGACACCCGCGCCGGCCCCGCCGCCUCCUCAACAGUAUCGCUCGAUGACUCCCGGCCCGCAGUAUAGUCGCUCCAUGUCAACGACUC